UCCUUUCACAAACUGGGUUCAUUCAUUCUCUCUGAGGAUCUUGGUGUGUGUUUCUUAAUUUCUGAUUUUCGUUUUCUGGGCUGUGACACUAUUUCUUAAGAAAAAAAACCAAAAAAUAGUGUUGGGGUGAGUUUUGGGUAGAGCAAAGAUGGGUGUCGGCCUAUCAGUUCUGAUAGGGUUCAAAGCAGCAGUGCUCUUCUUCUUCUUCGCAAUCCUGAGAAGGUUAGGUUUCACUCUGCUAUCAAUUCCAUUUUUGUAUGGCUCUUUGGUAUCCAUGUUGGUUUCCUUAGCUUCUCACCCAUCCAUAGACCUUCCCAUGCUGUUGGGCAAGAACCCAGAUGGGAGUUUCCCAAUUUGGUCAAUCAUUAUGUUCAGCCCAUAUUUGUAUUUUGUCCGAUUCUUCUCUGCAUUGCGAAGAUUGCUCAGUGGAGAGGCUCCUUAUAGUGAAAUCUGCGAGGGUUUGUAUGUCGGCGGAUGGCCUUCUUCCCCAGAUAAACUGCCACCAGAUGACCCUGCCAUUGUUGAUUGCACCUGUGAGUUGCCAAGAAGGCCGGAGUUUUCAGGGCAUUCUUAUUUGUGUGUCCCGACAUGGGACACAAGGGCUCCUCAGCCGGCUGCCAUUGAAUCCGCUGUCAAAUGGGCUUGUCGAAAGAGGGACCAGAAAAGGCCUGUUUUGGUCCACUGUGCAUACGGUCAUGGAAGAAGUGUGGCUGUCAUGUGUGCACUAUUAGUUGCUCUUGGGGUGGCAGAGGAUUGGAAAAACGCUGAGAAAUUAAUUCGAGAAAAGCGUCCUUACAUAAGGAUGAAUGCUCUACACCGCAGGGCUCUGGAAGAGUGGUCAAAACAUCGGUUGUCUUCUUCUCAGAAGAAUGGAUAAACGAAUGUAACUUCAGCCAUUGAAUCUAUUUUAGUGCAAGAAAAAAAAAAAAUCAGAUUGAUAAGACAUAAGAUGAUUUCUUAUUUUCAACGUAUUAAAUUGUGCAAUGAUUGUUAUUGUUUAUCCCAGAUUUCUGUUAGUCUUCUAAUCCUCAUCCUUUCCCUCUUUGUUCAUUCCUGAUUUCCUGGUCUGUUUGCAUUGCUGCUGUAGUAAAAAUUGAUAAUAUGAUGCACGCCCAUUUUGCUGCUGUCGUAAAAAUUGAUCAUAUGAUGCACACCCAUCUUCAUGGUCCCCUUACUCCGUUCUGUUGAUGACCUCUCUCCUCUCGAACACAGAGAUUGCCAUUGAGCUUCGCUGCAUAGUGUUAAAUUUCCAAAUUAUUGGUGAUUUGUUUUUUUUAAAGAUUGGGGAGUUUAUUUUUUAUUUUUAAUAACGCUAUAUGUUGGCAACA